GAACUUCCAACACAAUUUUCAGAAGGAAAAAAAAAAGUAAUGAUCUCAUUGUUAUCCUCACAGUAAAUGCUUUUGCUUUGAGGGGUCUGUUAGAGUUUGUUUGUUUAUGUUUUCCUCUGUCACCAAGCAACCCUAGAAGAAAGAGAGAGAGAAAGAAAGAUAACACUAAAACCUAGAUCAAAUCUUCUUAGCCAUUAUGAACAGAAGUAAGCUGAGAAGUUUAUAAGCUUUGCAUGUUCCUUUCCCCUCAAGUUUUUAAUAUCUUUCAGAAAGUCUCCACCUUUGAUUCUGUUUUUUUCUCUUUCUUAUCCAUUUAUCCUCUCACUCUCUCUCACCUCACAAUUCUAGCCACAAAGGUUUCUUCACUCUUUUUUUCUCUCUAGAAAGCUCUCACUUUUAAGAGAUCUUUUUUGCUCUCUUCAACUGUUGUGAAUGCUAAUGGAUCAAAGAGAUCCAAUGGGUUUAACCGGGUCAGGCUCUUACUAUAUCCAAAGAGGUUUACCCGGUUCGGUUCCUCCUACGUUUCACGGAUCAUCAUCAUCACAGCAACAACAACAGCAAGGGCUUCGUCACUUACAUAACCAAAACUCUCCAUUCGGUUCAGGCUCCACCGGGUUCGGAUCUCCUCCUCCUUUACACGGUGACCCUUCUCCAUCAGCAGCAGCAACAGGAGCUGUUCCUCAUCAUGUUGGCGUUCACAUGAUCUCUCCUCCUCCUCCUACUCAGAGUGAAACUCCAAUGAAACGUAAGAGAGGACGGCCUAGAAAAUACGGACAAGACGGUUCUGUUUCUUUGGCAUUGUCUUCUUCUUCUGUUUCCACCGUUAACAACUCUAACAAACGUGGCCGUGGUCGACCUCCUGGCUCUGGCAAGAAACAGAGAUUGUCUUCCACUGGUGAGUUGAUGAUGCCUUCAUCUUCUGGAAUGAGCUUCACACCACACGUAAUUGUGGUUUCAAUAGGAGAAGAUAUUGCAACAAAGGUUAUAGCUUUCUCUCAACAAGGUCCAAGAGCUAUCUGCGUUCUAUCCGCAAGUGGAGCUGUCUCUACUGCAACGCUGCUUCAAUCAUCAUCUUCUCCUAGUGCUAUUCAGUACGAGGGCCGGUUUGAGAUAUUAGCCUUAUCAAUAUCUUAUCUUGUCCCAACUGAUGGAAGUUUCCGGAAUAGAACUGGAAACUUAUCAGUUUCGCUUGCUAGCCCUGAUGGGCGUGUGAUUGGUGGUGCCAUUGGAGGGCCUUUAAUAGCAGCUAGUCCUGUUCAGGUUAUCGUAGGGAGCUUUAUAUGGGCAGCUCCUAAGAUCAAGAACAAGAAACGAGAAGAAGAAGGUGCUGAAAAUGUUCAAGACACUAAUGAUCACCAUCAUCAAGCUCUGGACCCUGUUCCUCAACACACACAAGGCCAAAACCUGAUUUGGUCAACAGGUUCAAGGCAGAUGGAUAUGCGCCAUGCUCAUGCUGAUAUUGAUCUAAUGCGCGGUUGAUGAUGUUACAGUGACAUCUCUGUGUACAUAAAGCAUGGAACCUAGGAAUUGAACAAGAAGAAGAACAUAAGCUAACCUGAAAUGUUUAAGUCUUUAUGUCUGCUUGGAGCUUUGAUUCUACUACAUCUUUGAUUCAGUUGUUAACUGAAAGUAAUUACUUGUUUAACUUUGCUAAUCUCGAUAUGAAUACAAACACAAGAACCUCUUUGGUCAA